AUGGCUGAAGAAAAGAUCAAGAAGAGCUUGCUUGCUGCGGACGACAGCGACGAUGAGUACUCAAGAGGUGAUACAGUUUCAGAUCAGACAGAACUGAGUUCGAUUCUUGAUAAACUUAGUCUAGAACCUAAGACGGAGAAAAAGAAACUCUUGGUCUUGAGUCUAAGUGGUCUUCUUCUUCACAGAGUCCACAAAAAAGAGUUGCGUAAGAAACCCAAGAACCGCUCUCCUGAUGCUUCUUGUGGGCCAAAUCUUGUGUAUAAGAGACCGUUUGCUGAAGAGUUUAUGAAGUUUUGUCUUGAGAGAUUUGAAGUUGGUAUUUGGUCCUCUGCUUGCGAGUUAGUCUCUUCACUAAACAUUCUUAUAGUUACAGGACCAAGAGAGUGUACGGACAGUGGAUAUAAAACACUAGAGAACCGUUACAAGCCUUUGUUCUUUAAGGAUCUCUCUAAAGUGUUCAAGUGCUUUAAAGGCUUCUCUGCUUCAAACACCAUCUUCAUUGAUGAUGAACCAUAUAAAGCUCUUCGUAAUCCUGACAAUACUGGUCUGUUCCCAAUGAGCUAUGAUGCUUCUAACAUAAAGGAUAAUUUACUUGAUCCGGAAGGAGAGUUGUGUUCUUACUUGGAAGGUUUGGCAAAAUCAUCGGAUGUUCAGGCUUACAUAAAAGUGCAUUCUUUUGGACGGCCCAUGAUCGAUUCUUCUCAUCCUGAUUGGUCUUUCUACAGCAACGUUUCAAAGAUUGUCUCUUAA